CUACAGCAACCACCAACCCUCCAGUAACAACAGACCCGACAAUAACAACAACAGAGGCACCAGAUCCUUGUAUCCCAAACCCAUGUGGGGUGGGUAGCACCUGUCAGAGGCGUUAUAAUGGCUCCAUCUGUUUAUGUGAACCCGGCCAAUCCUACUCUGUCAACGAGAAACGUUGUGAAGGAGCCAAGGUUUUCCCUGGAUCUCUGGUCCUGUCGAGUGCCUUUAAGAAAGGGAUGGAGGAUAAGGCAUCAAAGCUGUUCCAAGAGAAAGCUGACAAAAUAAUUAAUGCGAUGAGGAAGAUUUUGGGUAGUGAUGUUGAUGGAUACCUCCAGUCCACAGUGUUGGAACUCAGGGAAGCUGAUGUGAAGACAUUUCGGUCACGUGCCUCAAAGAUUGAUGCCACCGUGGAGAACCUAUACAAGUCCAGAGUCAACAUCAGUGAAGCAGGUGUCACAAAGAAGAUUGAAGAUGCCCUCCAGAGCUGUCAAAACGGGACCUGUAUUGAUAAUGUGUUUGUAAAUGCCGUUUACACAGACACUAACCUUUGUUCCCUGAAAGUAUGCCACACGGAAUCAACAUCUUGUAAGGCAGCUGAUGGUGUCUUUGAGUGUCAAUGUAAAACGGGUUACAUAAACACCGGACAUAGCAACAGAAUAUGCACAGCUUGUCCUAGUGGGGAAAAAGCAGAGGAUAAUGGUUGUGUCAAAUGUUCAUUUGGUCUUUCUGGAUUUAAUUGCAACGAGAGAUGGCAGUUAACUCUGGUGAUCGUUGGAUCUGUGCUCGGGGGUGUGCUGCUCAUCACGCUCAUUGUUCUGUCUACAAUGGCAUUCAAACCAUCAAAGGAGAAGUCUGAAAACAACAUCUAUGAAAGAUCCUAUCCUACCAAAGCUCCUGCUACCAAUGUGGGAAUGACCACUUUCCAAGCUAAUGCUAACACAAGGGUACCUCAAAUUCCUAGAGCCAAGGCUAACAAUAGCUGGAAUCAUGGUAGCAACCUAGAGAUGACGGAGAGUGGCAGCCAACAUGCUCUGAUCAUCAGGGACAAGAGAGGGAACCAGGACCCAGAUGAGAUGAAGAACCCAUACAACAGGAAUCCAUACAACCAGAAUCAGGGCCAGCCCAAUCUUUACUACAUGCAUGACAAUCCAUAA